AUGACUGACUCAGAAUCAGAUUCGAAAUCAACAUCCUCAGACAUCCAUUCAGACUCAGACUUGGCAGAUGAGAGCAAUUGUGACCAGCCUGUUGCUCCACCAAGUGCAGGCGCUUCCAUGGAGCAUUACCAAGAGCUUCAGCAGCGCAAUGCAAUGCUGAAUGAGAACAACAAUGUCCUCAAUGCACAACAGCUGAAAUGUCCAUCUACAGCGAGCGCUUCAUCUAAGACUAGUGACAUCAAAAAGCUCAUUCUCAGUGUGGCAAAGAAGUAUUCAAUAACUACUGAAAUGUUCCUUCCCGACAAGGUCAUUUUUCAAACCAAUUGUCCUGACCCUCCAGCCGAAAUCUUGAACCCAAAUCAUUAUGCUAAGAAGUCGACGGAGAAGGACACACUUUUCGGAACUGGAAUGCAGCAAGCUCGGUCAUCGUUCAUCAAUGGGCUAUGUUCCGUUGCAGGUACUAUACUCAACAUGCCGAAUGAGUAUUUCAUGUCAAAAUUCGACCAUAACUUUGUUCCACAAGUCACACGAUUGAUCAGAUGGGAAACAGGCAAGGGGAAGGUAUAUGAUGUUUUUAAGGCACCAAUCCUCUAUCCUGACCAUGUCAUCAAUGAGAAGAAAGUAUUUAGAAAUUGGUUGGUGUUUGCCAUGACAAUCUUUGUCCUGUCUCCUGAUCAAAAAUUCUUGGGAGAUGGUGUUGGAGCCAUAUCUUCGAUCACAACCUUUGUGGACAAGGUGCAAAUACGAGGACAUGGAAUACACUCAAAGCUGUUGAAGCAAGGCUUGAGGCUGCCGCCAGCACAUAUGAGUGUGCCCAUAAGGCUCUUGUGGUUCUUGCACCACUGCUGA